AGCGUCGGAUGUGCGUUUGCGUCGCGGAUGGAAUUGCAAAUCAAAGAUCGUUGAAGUUUGUCUUGGAGACACUUGCAAUUUAUUGUGGUCGCGUCGCGUCAUGUGUAGCGAGCGUUAAAUUCAAAACGAGCCUAUCCAAUUGAAAUACGUCAGAUUCUAUUUGUGAUUAGGCUAAACUCUAGAUAAAUACAUUAGUUGCUGUGAUUUGGAUUUAAACAAUAAUAAACAGACCAAGCGGAUAUUGGCGCGGUGUACGCAGUGUUAUAGUUAAUUGCAAGAACUCUGGCUACGUGACCCUGAAAUCGAAGCAUAAACAACAACAACGCCGCAACAGCAGCGGAAGCAACAGUGCGAAAAAUGUUGGAGGACACCCAGCUUGUUUGGGUGCGGGAUCCGAUAGAAGGAUAUAUACAAGGUCGGAUAACUGAAAUCGGUACGAAGGAGUUUGAAGUAACGCCCAUUGAUAAGAAGUAUGCAAAACGCACGUGCCACUAUGAUGAUAUACACUCCUCAUGUGAUGGCCCGCAGGAUCACGAUGAUAACUGUGAACUUAUGCUGCUCAAUGAGGCCACAUUUCUGGAUAAUCUAAAAACGCGUUACUACAAAGACAAAAUCUACACCUAUGUGGCCAACAUAUUGAUUGCAGUAAAUCCGUAUCGUGAAAUUAAGGAGCUCUAUGCACCCGAUACCAUCAAGCAGUACAAUGGACGUUCCUUGGGUGAAAUGCCGCCGCAUGUCUUUGCCAUUGCCGACAAAGCCAUACGCGAUAUGCGCGUCUAUAAGCUAUCGCAGUCCAUUAUUGUGUCUGGCGAGUCGGGAGCUGGCAAAACGGAGUCGACCAAAUAUUUGCUCAAAUAUCUUUGCUACUCGCAUGAUAGUGCCGGACCCAUAGAAGCUAAAAUACUGGAUGCAAAUCCUGUACUGGAAGCUUUUGGCAAUGCCAAGACAACACGCAAUAAUAACUCAUCGCGUUUCGGCAAAUUCAUUGAGGUGCACUACAACAGCAAGUGCCAAGUGGUUGGCGGCUAUAUCUCGCACUAUUUGCUGGAGAAGAGUCGCAUAUGCACGCAAAGCGCCGAGGAGCGCAACUAUCAUGUGUUCUAUAUGCUGCUCGCUGGUGCGCCACAGCAAUUGCGGGAUAAGCUCAAUCUGGGCAAGCCAGACGACUAUCGCUAUCUGUCCGGCUGUACGCAGUACUUUACCAAUGCCAAGACGGAGCAGCUUAUACCAGGCUCGCAAAAGUCGAAGAGUCAUCAGCAGAAGGGCCCGCUUAAGGAUCCCAUAAUCGAUGACUAUCAGCAUUUUCAGAAUUUGGAUAAUGCGCUGGGACGUUUGGGCUUGUCUGAUAUGGAGAAAAUGGGCAUCUACUCGCUGGUGGCAGCUGUGCUGCAUUUGGGUAACAUUGCCUUUGAGGAAAUACCCGACGAUGUGCGUGGCGGCUGUCAGGUAUCUGAGGCGUCGGAGCAAUCGCUGACCAUUACCAGCACGCUGCUGGGUGUGGAUCAGACCGAGCUGCGCACUGCUUUGGUGUCGCGCGUCAUGCAGAGCAAAGGCGGCGGCUUCAAGGGCACGGUUAUCAUGGUUCCUCUUAAGAUCUACGAGGCGAGCAAUGCACGCGAUGCUUUGGCCAAGGCUAUUUAUAGCCGUCUGUUCGAUCGCAUUGUGGCCUUAAUCAAUCAGAGCAUACCCUUCCAGGCAUCCAACUUUUAUAUCGGCGUGCUGGAUAUUGCAGGCUUUGAGUACUUCACUGUCAACUCCUUUGAGCAGUUCUGCAUUAACUACUGCAACGAGAAGCUGCAAAAGUUCUUCAACGACAAUAUCUUAAAGAACGAGCAGGAGCUGUACAAGCGCGAAGGUCUCAAUGUGCCAGAGAUUACGUUCACGGACAAUCAGGACAUCAUCGAGUUGAUUGAGGCCAAGUCGAAUGGCAUUUUUACGCUGCUGGAUGAGGAGUCAAAGCUGCCCAAGCCCUCGCCGUGUCAUUUUACCGCUGAGGUGCACAAGUCCUGGGCGAAUCACUAUCGCCUAGGCUUGCCACGCUCGUCGCGUCUCAAGGCGCAUCGCACGCUGCGCGAUGAGGAAGGUUUCCUGGUGCGUCACUUUGCAGGCGCCGUUUGCUACAACACCGAGCAGUUUAUUGAGAAAAACAAUGAUGCCUUGCACGCAUCACUCGAAGGUCUGGUGCAGGAGUGCGAGAAUCCUUUGCUCAAGCAGCUCUUCCCAUCGGGCAGCAACACUUCGGUGCGUGGCAAGCUGAACUUCAUAUCCGUGGGCUCCAAGUUCAAGACACAGCUGGGCGAGCUUAUGGAGAAACUAGAGCAGAAUGGCACCAACUUUAUACGCUGCAUCAAGCCCAACAGCAAAAUGGUUGAUCGCCAGUUUGAGGGCUCGCUGGCGCUGGCGCAGCUCAAGUGCUCUGGCACCAUCUCAGUGCUGGAACUGAUGGAGCAUGGCUAUCCAUCGCGUGUGCUCUUUGCCGAUCUCUAUAGCAUGUAUAAGUCGGUGUUGCCACCGGAGUUGGUGUCGCUGCCUGCGCGCACCUUCUGUGAGGCCAUGUUCCAGUCGCUCAAUUUGAGUGCCAAGGAUUUCAAAUUUGGCAUCACCAAGGUCUUCUUCAGACCGGGCAAGUUUGUAGAGUUUGAUCGCAUUAUGCGCUCCGAUCCGGAGAAUAUGCUCGCCAUUGUGGCCAAGGUGAAGAAGUGGCUAAUACGCUCACGCUGGGUCAAGUCAGCGCUGGGCGCUUUGUGCGUCAUCAAGCUGCGCAAUCGCAUAAUCUUCCGCAACAAGUGCGUUCUGACUGUCCAGCGUAUUGCGCGCGGCUUUUUGGCACGUAAGCAGCAUCGUCCACGCUACCAGGGCAUUGGCAAGAUCAAUAAGAUACGCACCAACACUUUGAAGACCAUUGAAAUUGCCAACGGCCUCAAGAUGGGUCGCGAUGAAAUUGUGGGUGGCGUUAAUGAUAUUUAUAAACAAAUAGAUGACGCUAUACGCAAGAUUAAGCAUACGCCACGCAUCUCGCAACGUGAAAUCGAUUCCAUGUACACCGUGGUCAUGGCCAAUAUGAAUAAGCUCACUGUUGAUUUGAACACAAAGCUUAAGGAGCAACAACAGGCUGAGGAGCAAGAGCGUUUGCGCAAGAUUCAAGAAGCUCUGGAGGCGGAACGUCGUGCUAAGGAGGAAGAGGAGCAACGCAUGCGUGAGGAGGUCGAAAAUAAACGACUCAAAGCUGAAAUGGAAACGCGACGUAAACUGGCCGAGGCGCAACGUUUGCGGCAAGAGGAAGAAGAUCGUCGUGCUGCCUUAGCACUGCAGGCACAGCUGGAAAAGGAAGCCAAGGACGAUGCCAAAUAUCGUCAGCAGCUAGAGCAGGAGCGUCGCGAUCAUGAGUUGGCGAUGCGUUUGGCCAACGAAUCCAAUGGCCAGGUGGAGGAUAGUCCACCAGUUAUACGCAAUGGUGGUAACAAUGACGCGUCUCCCAUGGGUCCCAACAAACUGAUCAGUUUUUCACAAGUUGUGUCAAACAUUGCUUCGCGAUAUUUAACUAAAUCGGAGAACGUGCGCGCUCAGCAGCAAGCAUUGGGUAAACAAAAGUACGACUUGUCCAAAUGGAAGUACUCCGAGCUACGCGAUGCUAUCAACACGUCCUGUGAUAUUGAACUGCUAGAGGCCUGUCGUCAAGAGUUCCAUCGCCGCUUGAAGGUGUAUCAUGCCUGGAAGGCAAAGAACCGCAAACGCACCACCAUGGAUGAGAAUGAGCGUGCGCCACGCAGCGUCAUGGAGGCCGCCUUCAAGCAGCCACCUCUGGUGCAGCCCAUACAGGAAAUUGUCACGGCUCAGCACCGUUUCUUCCGCAUACCAUUUAUGCGUGCAAAUGCGCCCGAUAACACUAAGCGCGGCUUGUGGUACGCUCACUUUGAUGGCCAGUGGAUUGCUCGACAAAUGGAGUUGCAUGCUGAUAAGCCGCCCAUUUUGCUAGUUGCCGGCACGGAUGACAUGCAGAUGUGCGAGUUGAGCUUGGAGGAGACGGGUCUGACGCGUAAGCGUGGCGCCGAGAUACUAGAACAUGAGUUUAAUCGUGAAUGGGAGCGCAAUGGUGGGCGGCCCUAUAAAAGCCUUGGUGCAAAGCCGAAUGGAGCUGGCAUUUAAGCACACUCAAUUUGCCUUUAAAUGUGAACCGCUAAAAACCGAUAGGAACAAAUGCGAAAAAAUCAAAUUUUACGUUUGGAUUGUCUACAGGUCAAAAUUAGCAGUCACAUCGAAAUUCCAUAAUAUUUUUGCAAACACUUUUGAUAAGAAUAAUGUCCAAAAAUUUAUAGUUAUACAAAUUAUAUCUUUAAAUGUGA